UCACGUAUGAUUUGGAAGAAGAAAAAAAAAAGAUGCUAAGCGGGCGCCUUUCAAUCGGUCGCAGACAAAAGCGGCAAGCGGCUGUCACGCUGCGCGGCGGCUCGCUCCUCACCGGCGCGCGGCGGGCAGAUUAAAGGCGGCGAUGAGCAUGCCGCGCUGGAAACCAUUUUGCCAUGAAAAGUGCGUUUUGUUGAGCCGCUCCGCCGGCGACUUGAAGCCAGUCACGAGAGCCAAGUCAAACAGCGCAGGCAUGCGGGCUCAAGGAGGAAAGUGGACUUCCCCUUUUGGAGCCAAAUUAAGCGUGGCGGUAAUUGUUCAAUCAUUUCAAGCUGCUUUGAUGACGCCGGUGUUGCCUUACGUGCAACUUGAGGAUCCUCGCUGAGGCCGAGGCGUGCCCGCACUCGUCGGUCAGUGGAAGCUGUCGCUCACAAAUCAAAAGUCCAAAACCAAACUCGGAGCGGAUAGCUGAGAGCAGCUUUUAGCGCUCCUCGACCUCUUUGUGUUCCACUGUAAUACGGGAACACACUUUUGGGGUCAUUUGCCGUCAUUUUAUUUUCUUUCCCGAGGUCAUACUUUUAACUCAACGUGUGUUUUUCCUCUCAUUCAGUGUCUCUCAACUAAAACAAAGUGGUACCAUAUUUUCCUGACUACAAGGAGCAGUCUCGAAACUUUUUUAUUUUUUUAUUUUAAUGCAUGUGUGCAAAUACAGUGCCCCCGUUGACAUCCGUCUCUCCCCGACGCCUUAAUUGCACCUGUAUGGUGUCCUAUAACUCGCCGAGAGCUGUGUUUACGGUGAUCUAUCACCUUUCUGCACAAGUCCCGACAGCCCGGGCUCUUUGGUCCGGCGCCAACAUCCGAUCGGCCGGGCAGCAGCCGGGCGGAACGGCGAUGAGUGACGGCCGGCAGAAGAGCAGGCUGAGGAGUUAACUGUCGUCAUGGCGAUGCUGCCAGGCUGCAUGCCUUUAGCUGCCCGCGACCGCGCCCGCUCGUAUUGAUCUCAGUGAUCGACUUGGCAGGAAUGUAGACGCUCCUCGGUGCCCCCCCUCCCCCUCCUCCCCCCGAUGUGCCCUGACCUGCCUUGUCGCACAUCUGUCUACUCUCCGUCUUCUCGCUAACACGGCGGCCUUAGAUCAUCUCCUCCUCAGCCACGCUUGACUUGUGCUUACCUGGGGAGAAAAAAAAGUGUCUUGCCUCCCUUUGUCACCGCCACUUUGAUGUCUCAAGUGUGAUUUGUCCGCUUUCCCUUGAUGACAUGAAAAGCGGGGCGGCGGGACUCCGGGCUUCGUCCCGCCACCGAUCCACGACUAAAACAGUCAGCCCCGGCGCUCUGCUGGAUACGAUUACCCGGGAAGAGGGAGGCGCGAGACAUUGAGGCCUCCUCAGGCGUGACAUCCACUUUACCUCCAAGUUACACGAGACUUUUAAGGGGCUCUGAUUAAAUUAUGCCUUGAAACCAUUUUGGAAAAGAGAAUAGCCCUUCGCCGAGGUUGAGCUGUUAACAAAAGUCCGACUCCAUUCUCGCUAGCCGACGUUUGUGCAAUUAGCAGCAUGUACUCUGACAAGAAUGAGGCAGUAGAUACCAUUUUACAUUUUUUUUUUCUGCCUUCUUCAUGUCAAGAAACUAUGUUGAAGUAACUUGAUGAGAUUCACUUGUACAAAAGUUGCGCUUUGCCGCCAUUGUAGCUGCAAAGCUGAAUCCAUUGAAUCACAUACCAAGACGUUUUAAGAAACUUGAAAAUCCAUUCGACAAAAAUUCUACUUAAGCCUCGCACGAAAAGUCUUCAAAUAUUUUCUCGGGUGUUCAAAUUGCGCGAGUAAAAGCCAAAUAGUUGAAAAGUGUCGACAUUGAGCUGAGGCUGAACAAACGCCUUGUGUGGCGGGACUGUCGACUGACUGAAUAGGCACCUGCGUUUGUCCCGAGCACACAGCUAACGGGGGAUUUAGGGUCUAAUAGUAGACCCUCCGCCGCCCCCCUUGUCCUUUUAAAGCCUAUUGAUCCACAUAAUCAGGGCCAGAAUUAAGUUGUGACAGACGCUUCUCAAGAAGACGCUGUUGGAUAAUUGAGGGAGGCCUCAAGGCCACAGCGGUGACGGCUCACGUCGGGCUUUAAGCAUCGGGCCUGACGCGCCUCUCCCAGAUGACGCGCUAACAAUGAAAAUCUGCUUGUGUUUUUAGCAGCGAGACAAUGAAAGUUUUCCGUGGAUUUAGACCAUCGGCGUAAACUCUGAAUCGACUUGUUUGAGCUUGCGCUUGUUAAUCGGGAGCCUGAGCUUAAGCCGUCGCCGGGAAAGACAUUUAGCGAUGUGUUUUAUAUCGGCGGGGCAGCGGUGACACGGAGCGACAAUCACGACACCCUCGGCGUGACGAGAUACGACGUGACUUAAUGGACGUUGCCGAUAUUACCAUUUGCUGGAGUUGCGCUAAAUGUCGUGCGUGGACGGACGGAUGGUAAUCAUCAAUUACGAUUCAUCAAUGUGAUGUAAUUUGCGGGAUGGAUAAGAUCAACGUCUAAUGAGAGCCUAAGUGAUGCCGGCGCUGUUAACGACGUGUCACAUUUUCAUACUCGUCAGAGUGAGGCCGACCGGCUUCAAUCGGCGGUGAUUCAUGACGUGAAUUUUCAAGCGCAAAUUACAAACACAUUCAAAUAUGUUUCUUCAAUCUUAGAUGUAAUUAGCUUAAUCGGUGAGAAUACGAUUUUUUUUAAAUCGAACAAUUCCUGAUGCACUUUGGAUACGGACUCUAACUGGCUAAUUUGGCCAUCUUGUGUCAAGUUACCAUUCCAAAAUCAACACGGUUCCUCCUCAAAUAUUCUCCAGUAAUCCUUGAAAGUGGAAUGAGAGCUCCGCGGAAAACCUAAUCCGCCUCUGCCAAGGUGUUAAAUCGGUGUUUGAACAGGUGCAGAUGAAAGCGGCCGCAGGUGAGGGCGAAGGAAUGACCACCUUGUGACUCAUCCUCGCGCUCUGACUUGGUCUCCGAUCAAAGUUGCCGUCAACGGUGUUGACAGAUCAAUGUUUUCACCGAUUUCAGAUGAUAUUAAUUGACGCGCACCUGCGUUUUGAUUCACCAAUGACUCGCCAGCGAUCCGUCAACGGUUGGCGCGCUCGUAUCCAGAAGUGUUAAUAAUCAGUGUAAAAUGUGUUGACGGGUUUUAAUGGUGUUUGGGAACACUUGGGACUAAUGACAGCGUGUCGUGGUCGGAUGAGAGGAAUGAUGAACGUGAUAGCUGCUCUCCACAGAUGGAGUCAUGAUGUCACAUCAGUCAACCCUUUCACAGUGUCUUACGCUAGUCCACAAAUUCCUGACACCGAUACCAGGUAUCGAUACUCACCCAUCCCUAAUCUUUUGGAGACAUCCAAUGGUCAAAUUCAACCCAAUUAUUGUUAAUUGUGGACCCGACUUCAGACUAUUAACUGCCCUGAACCCAGUCGUCCUAAAAAAGAUGACAUCAUUCUUCUUUAGUGUGAUGAGUCCUUCCAUAUCAACAGCAAAGGUGUGCUUGGUAAAGUUGUCAGUUAGCAGGCGUGUUUAUUUUGGAAGCCGCCGCCUUUCAGAUCUCGUUUGACGACUCUUCCCGAGAUAAGACCCAGCGAGUACUUUUCGUGUCUGAACAGACGACCUCUCGAUUGAGUUUCCCUCCACGGGACCGAUUGAAACUUCAGACGGCAAAAGAUGUUGCGACACGUCGGAUCAAGAAGAGCGUCUCUUCCCGCGCCGGCCGACUAAACGCGACACUGACGAUCCGAUGAGAGACGGGGUUAGAUGUGAGAGAAGGUCAUGUGACUCGGAAGGGGAUCGGAGGAGAGAGGGCGGGACCACCUGAAUCACUCUUACCUUUUACUUCAUCCCGUCACUGAGCCCCCAACACAAAAGAACCAGCCACCAAAGCAAGAGCGAUUGUUUCUCCCCUGGGAUGCCUUCCGUGUAGGACUCACAGCCAGAACUGGAUCCCCUCGGCCAUGUUCGGGCCCGGGCAACUGGUCUCCGCUCUCCUGCCUGCGGUUUUCCAUUCACCCGUGGCGCCAUUCUUUCCCGCCUUCCCGGCCCGGCAGUUCCUCAUCCCGGCGGGGCCCUACAUCAGCUACGAGGCCCUGAGGAGUUACCUGCAGCCCGAGCCAUGCAAGGAGGCGUUCUUGCUGGCCACGCGGGCUAUCGGCAUGGCUCCGCUGAUGGAUGGUGUGGAUGAACAGAGGCCGGUGAAGCAGCGUCGCGCCCGCGCCAACUACAGCAGCUGGCAGCUCGAGCAGUUGGAGAAGGCCUUCGAGAGCACCCACUACCCCGACGUGUUCAUGAGGGAGGCCUUGGCCCUCCGGCUGGACCUCAUUGAAGCCAGAGUGCAGGUUUGGUUCCAAAACCGGCGUGCCAAGAUGAGGCGUCAACUGAAGCUUCAGGGCCAGCGUGCUCAGCCCGAAGCAGACUGCGGAGACGUCCCGGAUAAAACAAUGCACCCUUUUAAACAUCGCAUAGACGCUUCCGACAGUGAGCACUGGCCGCGAGCUCAGGAAGGCGACGACGACAACUACCCGUGGACAAAAGCUGCCGGCGUUGCGGCGGCGGGUCAGAACUCAGAGCGGCUGCGUUCCAGCAGUAUCGCCAAGCUGAGGGCCAAAGCCAGGGAGCACGAGGCCGAGAUUGUCGGCGCGGUGGUCCAAACGCAGGAAGCGGAAGCCGUUCGCUGUGAUUGAUCACUUUCCUGCUUCCUGUUUUUACAGAUCACCAUCACCAGAUAACAUCACGCUGUAAAAGUG